AGAACUUUUUAAGUCUUUGCUCACAGUCAUUGCAUCUAUAUCUCAAAUCUGUAAUUUCCAGCUUUCACCUGCACACCCUUCUCUUUUAUUUUUCCAGUUUUUAGUUCCCUUCUAGACACAAGGUAUAUCUAUUUCAACAUAAAAGAUCACUUCUCUCAAUCUCUGCAACCCUACAUCAACCUUUUUCUUUUUUACCCGUUUCUUUUUGUGAUCCAACUCUAAUUAUAAGUGUAUUCUCAAUAUCAAUACCUGUUUUGUUCAUUCAAGAUUGGGAAGAGAACAUCGUAGCAACUUUGCUAGUAUACAUGCCCGAUGGCUCUUACAAACGACGGAAGCACCUUUUCGUUACGUAUUGGUAAAUGGAUUUUUGAUGUCUUCCUUAAUUUUAGAGGAGAGGACGCCCGCCACAGUUUUUUGCGCCUUCUGUAUGCUGCUUUGGUUGAGAAAAAAAUCUCCACGUUCAAGGAUGAUGAAGUACUUGAGAGAGGAAAACCCAUUCCCUCAGAACUCUUGAAAGCAAUUGAAGGAUCAAGGUUUUCGGUUGUCAUUUUUUCAAAAAACUAUGCAUCCUCUAGUUGGUGCUUAGAUGAACUUACAAAGAUUGUGGAAUGCCGCCAGAAAAUGAAGGGGCAUACAAUAUUUCCAGUUUUCUUUGAUGUUGAACCAACUGAGGUACGGAAGCAGGAAGGGAGUUUUGGAGAAGCAUUUGCGAAGCAUGAAGAAGCUUUUAAGGAGAAUCUGGAGAAGGUGAAAAAAUGGAGGGAUGCUUUAAAAGAAGUCACCAAUAUCAGUGGUUGGGUUAUACCCAAGGGGCAGGAGUCAGAAUAUAUCGAACCAAUUGUUGAGAGGAUAUUCAAAACACUGAGUUCCAUAAAACUAAAUGAGGGCUUGGUCGGAAUAGAAUCUCGUGUAUGGGAAGUAUAUUCAGAAUUAAAAAUAGGUUCGACUGAUGUUCGCAUGUUUGGGAUAUAUGGGACAGGUGGUAUCGGUAAGACAACCAUUGCACGAGUGGUUUAUGAUAGCUUCUCUAAUCAAUUUGAAGCUAGUAGCUUUCUCCAUGAUGUUAGAGAAACAUAUGAAAGACAGGGUUUAGUUCAUUUGCAGAAAAAACUUCUUUCUGACACCUUGAUGGAAAGAAAUAUAAAUGUAGGAGAUGAAUAUGACGGGCUCCAAUUUAUCAAGCACAGGCUAUGUAAUAAAAAGGUACUUCUCGUUCUGGAUGACGUUAAUAAGUUGAAACAACUAAAAUUUUUGGUUGGCGAGCAUAGUUGGUAUGGUGCAGGCAGUAGAAUUAUCAUUACAACGAGAGAUCAACAUUUGCUAGAGGCACAUGCAGUUGAUGCAAUAUAUAGGCCUGAGGAAAUGAGUAAUGAAGAGGCUCUUCGUCUUUUCAGCUUGACAUGUUUCGGCAGUGAACACACUCCUGAAGGGUAUAAGGAGAUGUCCAAUCUUGUUGUCAGUUAUGGUCACGGCCUUCCUUUAGCAAUUAAGGUUUUGGGUUCUCAUCUAGUCGGCGGAAGCAUCACUGCAUGGAAAAGCUGUUUAGUUGGGCUCGAAAAUAAUUUUCCAACAGAACUUUUACAAGUAUUUCAAAUAAGUUUUGAUAGUCUACAUGAAGUAGACAAAGAAACAUUUCUACAUAUGGCAUGUUUCUUCAAUGGGGAGGACAGAGAUCGCACAGUACGUAUACUAGACUCUCUUAGACUUUACCCCAUAGAAAUUGUAUUAAGAGAACUUAUAGAUAAAUCUCUCUUAAAUUUAUCUUUAGACAAGAACUGCUAUUGGAUGCAUCCUCUAGUUCAACAAAUGGGCCGGGAAAUGGUUUGUAGAGAAUGUCCUGAAUGGCCUUCGAGACGAAGUAGAUUAUGGUUGCCAGAGGACAUUGACGCUCUGCUUACAGACAAUAUGGGAACAGAUGCUAUUAAAUGCAUAGUCCUCAACUUGCCAGUACAAAAAAAGGUAUACUGGCAUCCAGAAGCCUUUUCAAAGAUUCCUAAUCUUCAAUUGCUCAAAAUUCACAAUGUGCAACUUCAGCAUGAACUCACUCAUUUUCCUAACGGGUUAAGAUUUGUUGAAUGGAGCGGGUAUUCUCUAAAAUCUUUGCCACCAAAUUUCGUACCUUAUAAGCUUGUUGAACUUACAAUGUGUCAUAGCAACAUUGAACUACUUUGGAAGGGAGUAAAGCAAUUGGACAGUUUAAGAUUCAUCAAACUCAGUCACUCUCGAAAUCUUGUUAGGACUCCAGACUUCUCGGAGACACGAGAGCUUGAGAGAAUAGAUUUUGAAGGCUGCACAAAUUUAAUUGAGGUUCACCCAUCCGUUGGUGUACUUAAACGCCUUAUUUUUUUGAAUUUGAAAGAUUGCACAAGUCUUGUAAGUCUUCCUAGCAAGCUUGAAAUGGAAUCUCUUGAAAUUUUUACCCUUUCUGGUUGCUCUAAAGUCAAGAAGAUUCCAGAAUUUACAAAAAACAUGGAACGGUUACGGGAGCUUCAUGUAAAUGGGACUGCAAUUGUAGACCUACCUUCAUCAAUUGAACAUUUGACUAGUCUUUCCUUAUUGAAUAUAAGCCAUUGCAAAAAUCUUGUGCAUCUUCCCUGCGCCAUUCUUCAAUUAGAGUUACUAAGAGACUUCAUUGUAUUGGGAUGCUCAAGAUUAGCUACAUUUGAUGAUCAUGAGAGUUUUCCCGCUCGAAAAAGAUCGAUAUGGUUAUGGGUAGAAGAAUUUUUUAAAGGUUCAUGUCGACGGGUCAAAUCAAAGUUGUCCUGACCAUCAAACGGAUCUUGCAAGAGAAAUUUUUUAGAAUUCUUUCACUUUUCAUUAAAAAAAAGUGUAAAUUUGAACUCUAUCAUAGUUUUCACUUUUAUUCCUUUAAAUUUACUUAUUUUAUAUUCCUUCACACGCUGCUUUCUCCUGCCUCGCACUACAUCCUGAUUUUUCACAUUUAUUGCAUUCUUACAUUGAAAUAAUGUUAGAAUUCAUAUAAAUGGGAUUCUG